AUAUAGGGAUAUUUUCCAACCAUGUCAGUUGAAGACUUAUUAUCCUCCCUUUCAGGGAAUCGCGUAGUAUACUAUGCACUUUAUGGUGCAUUGCUCUUUGGAGUCCUCAAAUUGACCAUAUUAGGGUUAAGCUUUGGUUCUAUGAUUUUUGGCUUAUUUAUUUUACCCCCUGUUAAUUUCAAAAAGUAUGGUGCUAAACAAGGUAAAUGGGCAGUUGUAACUGGAGCCUCUGAUGGAAUUGGUAAAGAAUAUGCAUUUCAAUUAGCAAAGAAAGGAUUAAACAUUGUGUUGGUCUCUAGAACUCAAUCCAAAUUAGAAUUGAUUGCUACUGAAAUUGAAUCUAAAUAUAAGGUCCAAACUAAGAUUGUUGCAUUUGAUGCUUCCACCGAUGAUGAUGCAAACUAUAUUUCUCUUAGAAACGUUGUUUCUGAAUUGCCAAUCACCGUGUUAGUCAAUAAUGUCGGACAAUCCCAUUCUAUCCCAGUUCCAUUCCUUGAAACAGAUGAGAAGGAAUUGAAUGAUAUUAUCACCAUUAACAACACUGCUACAUUAAAAAUCACUCAGGUUGUUGCUCCAUUGAUUGUGUCUACUAUCAAGAAAGAAAAGAAGAAGGUUAGAGGUUUGAUCUUAACCAUGGGCUCUUUUGGUGGAUUAUUGCCUACUCCUUAUUUGGCUACCUAUUCUGGAUCUAAGGCAUUCUUACAAGCAUGGUCCAAUGCUCUUGCUGGAGAAUUGAAACCUCAAGGUGUAGAUGUUGAAUUGGUUAUUUCCUAUUUGGUUACCUCGGCCAUGUCCAAGAUUAGACGUACUUCAGCCACAAUUCCAAACCCAAAGCAAUUCGUUGCUGCCACUUUGCGUGGAGUAGGACGUCGUAACGGUGCUCAAGAAAGGUUUGCCACCAACACACCAUAUUGGUCUCAUGCAAUUAUGCAUUUUGCAAUUGCCAAUACUGUGGGUGUUUAUUCCAAGGUUGCAAAUUCUCUCAACUUCAGUAUGCACCAAGCUAUUCGUAAAAGAGCGCUCAAAAAGGCAGAAAGAUUGGCAGCUGAAAAGAAGGACUAAGCUGUGGUUGUGAUGUGUAUGUACUUGUUUAUAUUAAUUUGCUUGAUAUUAUAGCAUAAGUAUGAUGAAUCCUUGCCAGUU